AUGCACGAUACGCAAGCACGCAUCGUGCAACGCCUCUCCAAGGACCACGACCUCCAACGCCGCCGCUUUGCAGAGACGCUCGAGCACCUUUGUACUGCUCGCGCGGCGCUGGACCUUGCCGACACGCUCGUCGUCGAGAACGGCGAGGUCGUGCGCUGGUUUACAGGCUACCGCGACCACGGUGUCGUCGCGAAAAGCAGCGCGGACCUGCACCGCAUCCCGAUCAAGCGCGCGUUUGUCAAGUCGUGUCUCCGUCUCGAGUCCAACGUAAGCCGGAAGCUCGCUCUUCUGCACCAAGUGCGCGAGAAUGGCGAGACGACCUUCCGCAUCCUGCACGACUUGGAGUUCAACGCGACUUUGUGCAACCCGAACGCGCGCGAGUGGAUGGUGACGCGCUUCGUGACGCGCCACGUCGCUGGCAAGUUUGGGCCUGCGAGUGCGACGCACGCGUGCCGCUUCAGCCGCGCGGCGACGCGUCUCCAGACCUAUGUUCGCUUUUACCGCCCGCCGCAGUUCUUUUUUGGCACGGAGCUGACACCAGAUGAGAAGGGGCUUCAAUUCCCGCUCGAGCAUCACAUGCUGCACUGCGUCAAGGAGCUCGCGUCGCCUUGCAACCAAUUGGUGCAAGAGCUGACCAUGCGCGUCGUCCACGCGAUCGAGGCGUCGUCAUCGCACCAAGUUGUCCACAUCCAAACCGACUUUGUCCUGACGGCCAGCGACGACCUUGUCCUUGUGCGCGUUGCCGAGAUUGUCUAUGCUUCGGACGUCCGCAACCCACCCCAAGGAACGGCAAAAGCGCUCGCGUCCAAGCCCGUCGUCUCGCCUCGACGGCUCUUCUCGUGUCCGGGCGCCUUUUGUAUGGAGCAUCCACCGGGUUCUUGUCCCAACGGUGACGACGAGACGACGUACGCUGUGGCCAAAAAGUCCAUAGUGUGGGCGGACCACGAGUCGCACCUGCUCAUGCGCGCCCAAGGCACAACGACAAGGUAUCAGUCGGGCGCCACCAACCAAGCACUUGUGGUGGCCCUCGCCCAGUCGUAUUCGUCGAUCGAGAAGAUUGAAACCAUUGAGAAGCUCCUUUCGCGACGCAACACGGUGCUAGAAGAGCUCCAGUGGUUUUCCAAUCACGGACCCGCGCUGGAGACCACACUGCCCAUGGAGGAUCUCUACAACAGCGUCCGCGUCUGCGCUGACUGCUGCACCAUGUACCAAACGCUAGAUGAGGCUCGGCGCCACCGCAGCAGUCGACCGCGCAAGGAGCUCAACGACGUUCGUGAGGCGAGCGCGCGGGUAGUGGAGCUAGCGAUGCCCAAGCAUCGACCAAAAUCCAGCGGGGCACUGUCCGUCGAGAAGCGGCGGCAGCCGAAAAAGCUGUCCAAAUGCCUCAGCGGCCCGGCACCGUUUUGGCGGCCGCCAGAUGAGUCGCCGCCACCGAGCCGCAGCACAACCCCUCUACCGACGUAUUAG